AGAAGGAUCGUGGUGUGAUUUGGACACAGGUGGGGAAAUGUCUUUCCUCCAGGAUCCAAGUUUCUUCACCAUGGGAAUGUGGUCCAUUGGUGCGGGGGCCAUAGGGGCUGCUGCCUUGGCUCUGCUCCUGGCCAACACAGACGUAUUCCUGCCCAAGCCCCAGAAAGCAACGCUGGAGUAUCUGGAGGAUAUAGACCUGAAAACACUGGAGAAGGAACCAAUGACUUUUAAAGCAAAGGCGCUCUGGGAAAAUAAUGGAGCUGUGAUUAUGGCUGUGCGGAGGCCAGGCUGUUUCCUCUGUCGAGAGGAGGCUGCAGACCUGUCCUCCCUGAAGCCCAAGUUGGACGAGCUGGGCAUCCCCCUCUACGCAGUGGUAAAGGAGGAGGUCAAGACUGAAGUGAAGGACUUCCAGCCUUAUUUCAAAGGAGAAAUCUUCCUGGAUGAAAAGAAGAAGUUCUAUGGUCCAGAAAGGCGGAAGAUGAUGUUCAUGGGAUUUGUCCGUCUGGGUGUCUGGUACAACUUCUUCCGGGCCCGGAGUGGAGGCUUUUCUGGAAACCUGGAAGGCGAGGGCUUCAUCCUUGGGGGAGUUUUUGUGGUGGGACCAGGAAAGCAGGGCAUUCUUCUGGAGCACCGAGAAAAAGAAUUUGGGGACAAAGUAAACCUAGUUUCUGUUCUGGAAGCUGCUAGGAAGAUCAAACCACAGACUUCAGCCUCAGAGAAAAAAUGAUUGUGUGAAACUGCCCAGCUCAGGGAUAACUAGGGCUCUCACCUGUGUUCAUGGGAUGUGUUGUGUUUCCACUGCUGUCCCUAAGGAGUUAGAAACCCAUUUAUGCCAUAUUCUCAGUAUAGACAAUAAACAUAUUUUAAUAUUGUACUGUUUAGGCCUAAUAAGGCAAAAUAACCCCCAAACAAGACUGAUAAAAAUCUAAAAAGCUAAUUAAUAAUAAUAAGGCUUAUUUCAGCUAAAACCUGGAAAGUCUGAGGCUUAAAGUUGACUGUUACACCUCAUUACAAACAUACAUGGUGUUUGAGUGCUGUUAUUUGAAAUGAUUUUUAUUUUUGUGUCUUUAAAAAUCUAAGAAAAGUUGGUGAUUGACUUGAAGAUUAAGGGUAUAAGGUUUUGGCUUGUGUUUUCAAUGAAUGAUUCAUGUUAGUGAUUCAUUCAUGUUAGUGAUUUUGCUGUCCUUCCUAGAGGAAUGACUUGGCAUUUAAAAUUGGUAGCUGCUUUCCUAUUGAUAGUUUUCUAGUCUAAUUUGGUGACUGGGGAGGAAAAAGGACAGAGAAGAUGAAAUGUAACUUAGUUCAUUGGUUUGUUAUGAUUUAUUAUAUUAUGUUAAGGUAAUACUCGUAUAAAAGAACUGAUGUGCUUUGGAUGGCUUGAUAAAUGUAAACUAUAAAGUGAAAUCUAUUUUUUCAUUGUCUUCCAUUCUAAUCUUGGAGAUUUGAUUUUCUAGAAGAAAUGA